UUAUUUUUGCGUAAAUACAGUGACAUUAUAGUACCUGUGUGUAGCAACAAAAUUGACGGCAUAACAUAUUUGAUUAUUACUCCAAGUGCAUGAACUGGGAUGUCUGCAACAGACUGGUACGCGCACAAAUCCCUCGGAGAAGGUCUGUACUGGAUCCAGGAGAAGUUUUUCGAAUCGUCAAACAGAGCAAAUAUUUGGCUCCUUCGAGGAUCUCACCAAGAUGUUGUGAUAGACACAGGCUUGGGGUUGAGGAGUUUACCUGAUUACAUUAACACCAAAGGUCUGCUUGGAGACGACCCGCAGCGAAAGAACCCCCUUUUGGCGAUCGCCACCCACGCCCACUUCGACCACUCAGGUGGUCUGCAUCAGUUCGAACAGGUCGGGAUCCACAGUGCAGAGGUCGAUGCGCUGGCCAACGGAGACAACUUCGAGACCGUCACUUGGCUGUCCGACAGAGAGAUAGUCCAAUCUCCCUGGCCGGGAUGGAGCGCAAGAGAAUACAGAGUCAAGGCUGUACAACCAACACACAUACUACAAGAAGGUGAUGUCAUCAACCUCGGCGACAGGCAGCUGACGGUGCUGCACAUGCCCGGCCACUCCCGCGGAAGCAUCUGCCUGCACGACGGGGACAACAAGAUGCUGUUCAGCGGGGAUGUGGUCUACGACGGUGCCAUGAUCGACUGGCUGCCCACCAGCCGGGUCAGUGACUACGUCAGCAGCUGUGAGCGCCUGGUGGGGCUGGUGGAUAGUGAGCAGGUGGACCAGGUAAUGCCGGGACACUAUCACACAUUUGGUGCGAAACGGCUCCACCGCAUCGCUUCGGGGUACAUCGACAGAGCCGGCACCUGCUCGGCACGCUUCUCCACCUUUGCCUGGAGGACCUUGGCCAGAUUGGCGCUACGGGCGUCCAACACACGCAGCGCCUGCUAGCCACAUGAAGAGGCUGGCACCCCCAGGUUGAAUCUGAAGAGGAGCCGUGAAGAGGCUGGCACCCCCAGGUUGAAUCUGUUGCAGAGUUAGACUGGGGGACGUGAGGGAGAUAAUUCACCCCCUCAAUGAACAGGAUUUCCUUGUACUGUCUAUUAUAAACUGAUGUGAUCCAUGUAUGUUAUUUUAAAUGAUUCAUCAAAAUGCCCUCAUUGGUAAUGAUUGACAGAAUAUUGAGAUUCCCAUCAUUACGGGAUUCAUUAAAGACUGGAAAA